AUGACCCCACGACCACCACCAGGAGACACUGUGCAAGCGCAGUCGGGAGCAGUUUAUGGAAACGACUUCUUGGGGCUAAUUUUAAUACGGAGCGGGGACAAGUCAUGCAUAUUAUAUUAUGCUGACAAAUGUACUGUGUACUGUCAGGCAGUAGAAAAACAGCUGAAGAUCUGUGGCUUUAAGAGGAAUGUGGAUGUCCUAGUAUUGUAUCUGGCUGGACAAGGACUAAGAAGUAUCCCAAGUCUAUCACAGUUUCAUAGGUUAAGGUAUUUGUGGAUUAACAACAAUAAGAUUCAAGAUUUAACCUUCUUGACCAAAAACUAUUGCUUGACUGAACUCUAUCUCAACAAUAAUGAACUGACAGAUAUAUCAGGUGCUCUGAAACACUUACAUGCGUUACAGAUUCUGUUGCUUCAUGACAACCAGUUAAAAAAACUUGGCACAACAGUGAAGGAAUUGAAAGGAAUGAUAAGCUUGCAGACCCUAAACCUAUUCCACAACCCUCUGGCACAAGACCCAGACUACCGGCUUUAUGUGAUAUACUUCCUUCCUUCCGUACAGCUCCUUGACAGGAAGCCAGUUACGCAAAGAGAAAGGGAGUCAGCGCUUCAUCUUUGUAACCGCGAAAGGUCUUGUGUCAUGCAGUCAAUAGCUUUUGGAAAGAGAGUAAAUACACCCCUGGGGACUACAGCGGCAUCUAGCAGAUACACUCAGCCAGCCAGAAGACUGAUGAUACCCUCAGGUUGUGAAUUUGGAAAUCACACAAAUAAAGUAACAUUUGAGGACCCCGAAGAUGCUGUUUUACUACGGGCAAUGACAAGAUCCCUAAUGGAAUUCUCCUCUGUUGACUGGAACAAAGUAGCCACCUGUCAAGAAAGACGGCUCAAAAACAAAGCAGAAGAACCCCAUGAGAAACUGACAAUCCGAUUUAGAUGA